AUGGAUCAACAGCUGCUACCCCUUGUGAAAUAUUCUGACAAAGACAGAAUAACAGACACACCCCACCUCAGUCUCACAAUUAGAGGAGAUUCAAGCGUGGACUUGUUGGCGGACGACCUGAUUUACAAUGUCGUCUUCACAAUCACGCGGGCUGCAGACGAUCCGCAUACACGGCCAUGCAUCAUUCACUGGAACCCCAUCGAAGACGGCUGUAAUCAGUCGGGUAUGAUAUUACUCUACCAUGGAGAGGGGAGCGUCGAAUUCAGAGAGGUGGACCCUGAAGAAUUGCCUACAAAACUCCUGAUCCCACGACAAGUAACCGCAUCGGAUCCUUACUUUAGGGAGCUGGUCCCGGGUAGUAGGGUCUUCUGUAAGGUGCCCUUGCCAGCUGCGUAUCUCAAGAAUUGCGGUUCAGAAGCAGCCUAUUUACUCCUCUGGCCAGGUGGUCAAAUCCCUCUUUGGGACUGGGGCACGCUAGCAGAACACAGUGAACAUAAGCUUGUUCCCAAAUCUCCCCCGGUAAUACUUCCCGGUCCCUCAUACGAGUCAUUUGCGACAUUUAACUACGAGAGCGACCCUGAAUAUUUUGAGGACCCGCCUCCACCUUCACCGCGCGCCAUUUCGCCAUCUGCCCGUGUACACGGUGCGCCUGUUUUCAAUGUCAGAAUCUCCGGUCCUGCUACCCUAUCAAUGAAAGACCAAGCUUUCUCAAUGCCACGGUACCCUCUCACUGUCACUGUGUCAUAUGAUGCAGGGGCAGAGUUAUCACACAGUAACAGACCGAUAACAUUCCGUUCGUUCAUCUUCAAACAACCCGAUGAUCAUCACCAGGGCUACAGGCUGUAUAGGGAAUGGAAUGAUGGGUGGACUCCAUAUGAAUGGAGAACGCACCAGAGGGGUUUUAUAAUCACCGAACCUACCGCACUCAAUGUUGGUCGCAAUGAUGAGAACAACUUCUGGACCCUGAAGCCUGGGGAAUCCUGGUCGUUCACCCGCAAAGUGAGCGAAUUUCCAAAGGAUGCAGCUUCAGGUGAUAAAUUCCGGUACCUAUUCAAAGGGGCUACGCUUGACUGGUGGAAUUGGGGCAGUUUGGAAGACCAUGAAGACACCGUGAUUUGGGUGCCCGGGUGGCUUUUGGCCAAGGUUCAAUAUCCCGAAGACAAUGACGGCAGACCCACGGUCGUUGUGCCAGCUAGCAAUGCGGUGGAAUUUACAUUAGUUGAUUGA